CAACAUGAUCAUACCGGUGCGGUGUUUCACGUGUGGCAAGGUGAUAGGCAAUAAGUGGGAAGCAUACCUUGGUUUGCUACAGGCCGAAUAUACCGAAGGUGAUGCACUCGAUGCACUUGGCCUGAAACGGUACUGCUGCAGACGGAUGUUGCUCGGUCACGUAGAUCUUAUUGAAAAACUGCUCAACUACGCACCGCUCGAGAAAUGAAGGAAGCAAACAAC